UUUCUCGGAUAUUCCUUCUGGCCCCAAAGUGAAAUUUAGAAAUGUAAAUUUACAAAUGCUAUUUCGAAGCCAGAUCGACUCUCCCUCAACUGUUCAAGCACAACAGAGAAGGCAGCCAUGUCGAAGGAAGACACCGGCGCAUCCAGUGCGGAGGCGAGUCCAGCCGAGUCGGAGAUUGCGAUGGGUCGCGGACCGCGUCCAAGGUCCUUUAUUGGUGGUGGAGGAGGUGGAGGUGGAGGCGGUACAGGUGGGGGUGGUACAGGUGGGAGUGGAGGAAGUGGAGUCUCCGGCGGCAGCUUCAACAAAGCCGAUCGGAGCUCGCGAGAAGAUGACGCAGUCGACCGGGCGACGGAUUCCAGUUCAACGCACCGGAAACUGAUGAGCGAUCCACGCUUCCGGAUCCGGCCACUGCAGCAGGUGAUCUCGGCCUGCGCCGGGGCCAUGAUCACGGCCUGCUUCAUGACCCCGCUGGACGUGAUCAAGACCCGCAUGCAGUCGCAGCAGUCGCCGGCGCACAAGUGCUUCUUCUACUCGAACGGCCUGAUGGACCACCUCUUUUCGAGCGGUCCCAAUGGGCCCGAGCUGGCCAGCUUGCGGCCGAGGCCACAGUUCACCAGCACCUGGGAUGCCCUGAUCAAGAUCAGUCGGCACGAGGGAUUGGGCGCCCUGUGGUCCGGCCUGGGACCCACCCUCGUCUCCGCCCUGCCCUCCACCAUCAUCUACUUCGUGGCCUACGAGCAGUUCAGGGCCAAGUACCUCGAGGUGUACAAGAGGCACUGGAAAAGUGGUCCGGAUCCCCGGCAGCUGGAUAUGGAAUUCAGGGACACCAAGACGAGUCUGCCGCUGGUGGUUCCCAUGAUGUCCGGGGUCACGGCCCGGAUUUGUGCAGUUACUGUGGUGAGUCCCAUUGAGCUCGUGAGAACCAAGAUGCAAGCCCAGCGGCAAACUUACGCCCAGAUGACGCAGUUCGUCAGGAACGUGGUGGCUCUUCAGGGUGUUUGGGGACUGUGGCGGGGUCUGCGGCCCACGAUCCUCAGGGACGUGCCCUUUUCGGGAAUUUACUGGCCCAUCUACGAGUACCUCAAGCAGAAUCUCGGCCACAGCUCGCAGCCCUCGUUCAGUCUGAGUUUUUUGGCCGGCGUUUUGGCGGGAUCUGUGGCUGCCAUCGUAACCACUCCGUUCGAUGUGGUCAAGACCCACGAGCAGAUCGAGUUUGGAGAGAGGGUCAUCUUCACGGACUCCCCGGCUAGGGACUUCGGAAAGAGAUCGACCUACAGCAGGCUGACAGCCAUUUACAGGAUGCACGGAGUGCGGGGACUAUUUGCGGGAUGCGGACCUAGGCUUUUGAAGGUGGCCCCCGCCUGCGCCAUCAUGAUCUCCACCUUCGAGUACAGCAAGUCGUUCUUCUUCCACUACAACGUGAGGCAGCAUAACGAGGCCCUACUGUUGAGCAACCCGAAUGCCACGCUGGUCAAGGAGGACGAAACUGAGUAGUGCCAUAGGGAGUGGGGCUGUGCAGUCGAGGUGGCUCCCUUUUGUAAAUAAACAGCGCAUAUUUUACGUAA